AUGGCGCCCGAAACCAAAAAUGAGUUCCUCGAGAUCGCCGACAGCGAUGGAGAAAGCGAUGUCGGCUACAACUCCGAAGAAGACGAUAUGCGAAAGGGUGGCCGCAGCGCAAAGCAACGGAAAGCCAACUCCGACUCCGAAGAUGAUCUAGGAAGCGAUGAUGAUUGCGAUGCUAGCGACGACGAGGACGAGGUUAUCGAGAAGGGCUCAAAGAAGACGCCAAAGGAAGACAAGAAGGAGGACCAGCCUGAAAAGCCUAAGCGCAAAUCAAAAGACACCACAUCAACAGAACUCCCCGAUAUUACGAAAACUUUGACAAAGAAGAAUCUCGUCGCCUCCGAAGCUGCUAUCAAGAAGUCAGGCGUCGUCUACCUCUCUCGCAUACCGCCUUUCAUGAAGCCCACUAAGCUGCGCUCCCUCCUCGAACCCUACGGCACCAUCAACCGCAUCUUCCUCGCUCCCGAAGACCCAGCUUCGCAUGCCCGUCGCGUUAAGGCCGGCGGUAACAAGAAGCGUUCCUACACCGAGGGUUGGGUAGAGUUCACCAAAAAGAAGGACGCCAAGGCUGUCUGCGAUCUUCUCAACGCGCGCACCAUUGGCGGCAAGAAGGGCGGCUACUACCACGACGAUUUGUGGAACCUGCUAUACCUUAAGGGCUUCAAGUGGCACAACCUCACAGAACAAAUCGCUGUCGAGAACGCAGAGCGCACCAGCCGCAUGAGAGCCGAAAUCAGCAAGUCGACAAAGGAGAACAAGGAGUUUGUCAGGAACGUGGAGAAGGCAAAGAUGCUGGACGGUAUGGCGGUCAAGGCCAAGACCAAGAAGAGGAAGGCAGACAACGAAACUGAUGGUCAGGCGGACGAGUCUGUGCGACAGGUCAAGCGGUCCUUCAAGCAAGUCCCUCUUGCAAAGAAGAAGUCGGAUGCGGAAGAGCAACCAGCCGAGGUGACGAGGGUAUUAAGCAAGAUUUUCUGA